AUGGAGAUCAAGGCGGGUCCAAACGUUGACACAAAUGGGAAAAUUUUCCUCCCUUACCUCUCAGAAUGGAAAUUUCCGGGUUCAUCAACACAAAACCUCUUGAAGAUUCUUCAGGACGUGUUUGGUGAUAGAACACCGGUCUUUUCCAAGCCAAAUGUCAGUCAGAACACUCCCGGCUAUGUUGGAUUCAACACUAACCUAACGUCCUCCAACGGUUGCGCCUAUGGGAUGCCAGGGGCGGGCUGGGGAGGAAUGCCAGGUCUACCGGGGUCUACUAAUCCCUCUUCGAGUGGAAGUGCUACGCCACAGUCCUCUCUUUUUGGUGCAGCCAUGCCUCCCAUGCCCUCUGUCUCGUCCGCGUCAGCGUUUUUGGGCAGCGCCACCGGCUUCCCUACAGGUGCGGUAUCGGAAGAAGAGCAAUUGCUGCUAUCACUUCGAUCCGCUGUCGUGGAUAAGUUGAACAAUGUCCAACGCGAGGUGGUGGACGAUUUGAGUUGCAAGAUCCAGUCGCUUGAAUCGACGCAGAAGGAUCUUAUCUCACGCGCCGAUAACCUCGAUACAAUCAGAGCACAAAUGCUCUCUGAGUUGGAACAGAUACAGUCUCUGACGCGGGAAUUGGGAGAUAAGGCGGAAGAGUACAAGGAAAUCUACCGAAAGCUGAAACAGGAGGCAAACGUCAAAGUGGACUAUGACUCGGUCGUCGAUACCACAACGCCUGUCUAUCGGCAGCUGGUUGAAGCCUUCGCAGAAGAGCAAGCGAUCGGGGACUUGCUCUACUACCUUUCACAGGCUCUGGAAAAUAAUGCCAUCAAAUUGGAAGACUUUCUCAAGGUCGUGCGGGAUCAAUCGCGGAGUCAAUUUAUGAAACGCGCCAUGGUGUGCCAGUGCCGAGCCAAAGCGGGUUUGCCCUCGGUGUAG